AUGUUGAGCACGAGCCUAUUCGUACUGUCGACACUUUGGGUACGUGAACACAACCGAGUGUGCGACGAGUUGUCACGGAAGUCGACGUCGUGGACGGACGAAAAACUGUACACCACGGCCAGGAACAUUGUAACCGGUCAAAUGAUGACCAUCAUGAUGAACGAAAUCCUAAAUGUGGAACUGAGACCGGAAGUGUACCAUCAUCGAAUGGAAAACAUCAGUGCUUCCGGCACGCCUAUUGAACUGUAUUUGACGAUGACUUUAUUAAGUCUGCCGGAAAAAUUGCAAUACAGUUCAACUAAAUUAACGCCAUUCAAUAAAUUCAGACAAGUUUUGGAAGAUGACUUAAAAGACGCCCUGAAAUUUAUGGUGAAUUCAAAAAUGGGCAUGGUCACAGCCCACAAUGAUGGUGCCUUGACGGAGCGCCAUACAUGGACACUAAUGAAACUCUCGAGAGAACAUAGUUUACAGGGAUUCAAUAGCUACAGAAGGCUGUUAGGGCUGCCUGCUUACAAAAGCUUUUUCGAUCUGACCAGAAACAAAAAAACCGCAUUCAAAUUGACAAAACUGUAUAGAACCGUGGAAGAAGUGGAGUUGUUAACCGGCGUAUUGACGGAAAAAUCCAGUUCCGGAGCACUACCCACAGCUAAAAUCCUGACUGAUAGCUUUAUCAUUAAUGCAAUCUUGACAAAUAAUCUCACCGCCAAACACUCGUGGGCACCGGACACGUUCGGAGGAGUCGAAUUUUUUGACUUAGUUAAGUCCACCAGCUUAAAGUCAUUGGUGUAUCGAAACGUGGACGUAAAUCGUGACGAGUUACAAGUUCAUCUUUACGCAAAAUAA